UUUAGUCCUUCUCUUCAUGUAGUGCAUGUUAAUAUAACUUCUAGCUGCGCAUUCAUUCACAUACAAUGCCCCUUUGUUGCAGAUCAUAAUCUUGUUCACCCUUCCUCUCUUUAUUCCAUUGCGAGAACAUUAGCUGUGUGCGAGAAGAUGUUAUCAGUUGAGGAACUUUUAAGUGAACUUGCGGAAGAAUUAAACGAGCAGGGUUUGCCGCGGGGGUUUAGAUUUCACCCUACCGAUGAAGAACUGAUAACAUUCUAUUUGGCUUCAAAGGUAUUUAAUGGGAGCUUUUGCGGAGUAGAGAUCGCUGAGGUUGAUCUUAAUAGAUGUGAACCUUGGGAGCUUCCAGAUGUGGCCAAAAUGGGGGAAAGGGAGUGGUACUUCUUCAGCCUGAGAGACAGGAAAUACCCGACAGGGUUAAGAACUAAUAGAGCCACCGGAGCUGGGUACUGGAAAGCCACAGGCAAAGAUAGGGAAGUGUACAGCGCCUCAAGUGGAGCCCUUCUCGGCAUGAAAAAAACCCUGGUUUUCUACAGGGGCAGAGCCCCCCGUGGCGAGAAGACCAAGUGGGUCAUGCACGAGUACCGUUUAGACGGUGACUUCUCCUACCGCCACGCGUGCAAGGAAGAAUGGGUGAUUUGCAGAAUAUUUCACAAAACAGGUGAGAAGAAAACUGCCCUUGCUCAAGGACAAAGCUUUAUAUUGGAAGUUUCUUCGUCUCCAACGAGUUCCUUGCCUCCGCUGCUUGAAACCCCAACAGCAUUCUUAGAAUCUCAAUCUCAAACUCCAAUGCAGGCCCAGAACUCUUUUGUGAUUCACCGCCAAGAAAAUGACCUGAAAAGCCUAAUAAACCCAGUUGUCUCCCAAUCCCCACUCUUCCCAGCUAACGGGCUCCAAGUCCAACCCUCCUUUUCAGCCAAUCCCACCACAAUCGCUUCCUCCAUUACCAACACAACAGACAAGAACGCUGCCACAGACACCAGCAACCCAUCAGCAUCGAUGCUCUUCAAGUCCCUCCUCUCACAUCAAGAUUGCAUUUUGAAGGAACAAGCCACUAUUCCCAAACAGUGCAAGACAGAGGCUAACUUUUCCCAUUUCCAACUGCCUGAUGCCAGCUUGAACUGGAUGGACAAGAUUCAUCCGAACCCAUGUCAAAAUCCCUUGUUUUUUGAGAUGGAUUGUAGUGUGUUGGGGUUCUCCGAAGGCGUUACUGCUGGGGACGCUACUGUCCAUGACAUGUCCACUUCAAUUGCUUUCAAUAGGGCCGGCGUUCAGAUGAUGUUAGAUCCGCACAUCAGAGCCCCGGGAGAAUCUUGGCAGCUAGAUUGUUAAAAUCUUGUAUUAUUAGGACCCAAUUUCCAUUUCUAUAUAUAUAAUCAUAUAC